GUGGUAUUCAUCCCGGACAUGUGUGUGGCACAAGCUCGUCCUCUCAUUUUUUACACGCCUUCUUCCUCCAAACACAUUAAUUAAACAUGAAAACAAGAUUUGCCACAGCGGACAUCAGAGCGGUUAUCGCUGAGAUAAAUGCCAACUACAUCGGCAUGAGAGUGAACAAUGUGUAUGACAUCGACAACAAGACGUACCUCAUUCGGCUACAAAAGCCUGACUGCAAAGCCAUUCUGCUGCUUGAAUCUGGCAUCCGGAUCCACUCCACAGACUUUGAAUGGCCGAAGAACAUGAUGCCUUCGGGCUUUGCAAUGAAAUGCCGCAAGCACCUGAAAUCGCGACGGCUCACCCAGGUGAAGCAGCUCGGCAUCGACAGAAUCGUCGACAUCCAGUUUGGGUCUGACGAGGCGGCCUAUCACCUCAUCGUGGAACUUUAUGACCGGGGUAACAUCAUUCUUACAGACUACGAGUACACCAUCUUGAACCUGCUGCGAUUUCGCACAGCCGAGGUUGAAGACGUCAAGAUUGCCGUGAGAGAGCGCUACCCUGUGGAGAACGCUCGGCCCCCGGAACCACUCAUCACUUUGGAACGACUCAGUGACAUCAUCAGCAAAGCACCAAAUGGAGAGCAAGUGAAAAGGGUGCUGAACCCUCACCUUCCGUACGGAGCCACUGUGAUAGAACACUGUUUAAUAGAAGCUGGACUGCCAAGCUCGGUCAAAGUUGACAGCGAAGUGGAGGUUUCCCAAGUCGCACCUAAAAUACUGGAAGCCCUGCAAAUGGCUGAGACGUACAUGGAAAAAACGGAGAACUUUAGCGGCAAAGGCUUCAUCAUUCAGAAGAGUGAGAAAAAACCGAGCUUAAUUCCUGGGAAAGCCAGUGAAGAGCUGCUCACCUAUGAUGAAUUCCACCCGUUCCUCUUUGCCCAGCAUUUAAAAAACCCUUACUUGGAAUUUGAUACUUUUAACAAGGCAGUAGAUGAGUUCUUUUCUAAGAUGGAGAGCCAGAGGAUCGACAUGAAAGCUUUGCAACAAGAGAAGCAAGCCUUGAAGAAGCUGGAGAACGUCAAAAAGGACCACGAGCAAAGACUGGAGGCCUUGCAUCAAGUGCAGGAAGUGGACAGAGUGAAAGGUGAGCUGGUGGAGAUGAACCUGACGGUGGUUGAUCGGGCGCUGCAGGUGAUCCGCAGUGCCCUGGCCAACCAGGUGGACUGGACGGAGAUCGGCGUGCUCGUCAAGGAAGCGCAAGCCGCUGGCGAUCCUGUGGCGUGUGCCAUCAAGGAGCUGAAGCUGAAGACCAACCACAUCACCAUGCUUUUAAAGAAUCCUUACAUCACUGAGGAAGAGCAGGAGGAGGAAGCCAUUAAGGAGCCCAACGAGGACAAGGGGAAAAAAAACAAAAAUAAAGACAAAGGACAGAACAAGAAGCUGCAGAGGAACAAGCCCACGUUGGUGGAUGUGGAUAUUGGCCUGUCAGCCUACGCCAAUGCCAAAAAAUACUAUGACUGCAAGCGCAGUGCUGCAAAGAAGGAGCAGAAAACCAUCCAAGCAGCAGAUAAGGCCAUGAAAUCAGCAGAGAAAAAAACCCACCAAACCUUGAAAGAAGUCCAGACGGUGACUACAAUUCAGAAGGCCAGGAAGGUCUAUUGGUUUGAAAAGUUCUUGUGGUUUAUCACCUCGGAGAACUACCUCGUCAUCGCAGGAAGGGACCAGCAGCAGAACGAGAUAAUCGUCAAGCGCUACCUGCGGGCUGGCGACAUCUACGUCCAUGCUGACCUCCACGGUGCAACCAGCUGCAUUAUCAAGAACCCCUCAGGUAAUCCCAUCCCCCCUCGCACCCUGACAGAGGCGGGCACCAUGUCUGUGUGCUACAGCGCCGCCUGGGAUGCUAAGAUAGUCACCAGCGCUUGGUGGGUCCACCAUCAUCAGGUGUCCAAGACAGCACCUACAGGAGAGUACCUGACCACUGGUAGCUUCAUGAUUCGAGGGAAGAAAAACUAUCUUCCACCUUCCUACUUGAUCAUGGGCUUUGGCUUCCUCUUCAAGGUGGACGAGCAGUGUGUGUUUCGGCACAGAGGCGAGCGUAAAGUAAAGACGGUGGAGGAGGACAUGGAUGAGGUGGCCAACAGAACUGCUGAGCUGUUAGAGGAAGGGGAGGAGCUGAUUGCAGGUGACGAUAGCGGUGGUGAGGAUGAAGCAGGAGGAGAGGAGGAAGAGGAGGAAAAUAAGCUGCAGGUUGACGAUGUGGAGGAUACGACGGGUAACGACUCGGAGGCAGAGGCGAGUGAAGAAUUGAGCUACCCUGAUACCACCAUCGCCCUCACUCAUCUGCAACCCAACAGGAGCUCCCAGAAAGUCACCUUUAAAGAAGAUGAAUCCCCUCAGGCCGACGUCCACUUGCUGGGGAAGAAACACAUGACAGCGAAACAGAGGCGAGAGGAGAAGAAGAAAAAGCAGAAACCAGAAGAAGCGACCGACCCCGACAACAACACCGACCCCACACCUGCAGCACCGGAAGUGGACCCCGGCUCAAAAAGUGUGACCGGCCCCUCCCAGGCGCCGCCCAAGAGAGGCCAAAAGAACAAGAUGAAGAAGAUCCGAGAAAAGUACAAGGACCAGGAUGAUGAGGACCGCCAGCUCAUGAUGCAGCUGCUCGGGUCAGCAGGUUCCACAAAGGAAGAGAAGGAGAAGGGAAAGAAAGGCAAGAAGGGAAAAGGGAAAGAGGAACUCCUAAGGAAGGCCGCCCCUCAGAAGCCUCCUCCGAAACCUCGCCAAGAGGAGACGGCGGCCAAAAGACCACAGCAGAGGACAGGCGAGGAAGAGGAGGGGGCUCUUGCGGAACAAGAGGAGAAGGAGGACGACGUGGAUCCAGACAACCCCGGAGCAGAGGAAGCAGAGAACCUACUCACCUCUCUGACAGGACAACCUCACCUGGAGGACGUGCUGAUGUUUGCAGUGCCCAUGUGCGCCCCCUACAGCGCACUCUCCAACUUCAAGCAUAAAGUCAAGCUGACACCAGGCAGUCAAAAGAAAGGCAAAGCUGCACGCACUGCACUUUUGAGCUUCAUGAAGGCCAAAGAAACUUCGGCGAGAGAAAAGGAUCUUCUACGCAGCGUCAAGGAUGGCGACCUGUCCAGGAACAUGCCUGGCAAAGUGAAAGUGUCUGCUCCCAACCUGCAGGCGGUCAAGAGGAAGUAAAAUGAUCACCUUCUGUAGGUCCUCUCUGACCACCACCAUCUCCUGGCUGCAGUACUGGAUCCUGACAAGGUACAUGAGGAAAAUAUUUUGUUGAGUUCUUCAUUAUUUAAUCAGUGGUGUGCCGUCAGGGCCAGCAAUGCCUUCUCUGCUGGCCUAUGUGGAAAGGAUGCAGAUAUGAUUAUGAGUUCUUUCUUUUUACUUAGCCAUGUUCAGGGAAGCUAGCACUAUUCCUUUGUUUAUUCUACUAGUCUCCCUUAGUCUUCAGAUUGUCUGUUUUGUGUCUCUCCCUUGGAAUGUGAAGACCUCCAUCAUUGGUUUCUUAUCAGUGGUGCGAGAGGGAGAUGGGGGUU